AUGUCCACAACUUUGUCGCGCACCGUCUCUAUGUCGAGGAAGGAUCUGGGUCUCCGCGAAAAGGAUGAGGAGUUGUCAGUCCAAUCCAAAAAAAAUACUGUCCUCGUCUCUCAUGGUCGUCCUCCAUGGUACGGGCUGGACGGAACGCGAAUAAACGAUGCGUUUGUGAUCGGUGUAGCAGGUGGUUCUGCGAGUGGGAAGACCCAUGUUGCACGACAGAUCGUCAAGAAUUUGGGUUUCAUUCCUACGGUUAUCAUCCUAUCUCAGGAUAGCUUCUACAAACGGCUGGACGAGGAGCAAUCUAAGCUUGCACACGCAAACCAGUUUGAUUUUGACCACCCGAGUGCGAUCGACAUGCCCAUGUUCGCUGCCUGCCUGGCAGAUUUGAAAGCCUGCAAGCAGUCAAAUAUCCCGAUAUACUCGUUUGCUCAACAUCAGCGGCUGGAAGAGACCCAGUAUCUUUAUGGUGCUGCAAUUAUCAUAGCUGAAGGCAUCAUGGCUUUGCAAGAUCCUCAACUGCGCGAGCUUUAUGAUUUGAAGGUAUUCGUGCAAUGUGAUUCGGACCUGAUGCUCGCAAGGAGAAUUUCCCGCGAUGUAGAACAGAGAGGAAGAGAUGUGAGCGGUAUCCUGGAACAAUAUUUACGAUAUGUCAAACCCUCAUUUGAUAACUUUGUACGACCGAGUGCUGCAUAUGCGGACAUCAUUGUUCCAGGAAUUAGUAACUCUGUCGCAAUCGAUUUGAUAUGCACACAUGUCCGACAAAAGCUCCAAGAGCGGUCGAAUGCUUUCCGUCCGCAAAUGGCGAUUCCUAAAUCUCAUCUCCUCAGUCAGAACCCAAUUCCAAUAGAACAACUUGGCCUGAAUAUCCUUCCAUCUACACGGCAAACAGAGGGUAUCUUCACCAUUCUUCGAGAUCGCGACGCCUCUCACCAGGAUUUCAUAUUUUUUAUUGAUCGGCUGUCCACAACACUGGUAGAAUAUGCCUUACAAUUUCUUCCUUAUCUUCCCCAUACCGUGACUACACCUGUGGGUGCAGAGACCGAAGGAAAGAAGGUGACGUGUCGGUAUGUAUGUGGCGUAUCGAUACAGAGAUCCGGUUGCGUCCUCGAACGAGGUUUUAGACGAGUCAUCAAUGACGUCCCCAUGGGCACACUCCUCAUACAAUCAAACGAAACUAAUGCAGAACCUUUACUUCUCCACGCUAAACUGCCCUUAUAUAUCCGUCUACGACAUGUGGCCAAAGAAACCUACGUCUUUCUGUUGGACGCUCAAAUCGGAACUGGUGCUGCGGCUUUCAUGUCUAUCCGUAUACUACUAGACCAUGGUGUACCGCAAGAUCAUAUCGUCUUCGUAUGUUUCUUGGUCGCCCGCAAGGGUGGAAUAAACAUCCUCCGAAAGGCGUUUCCCCAUGUCAAAAUCGUGUGUGGUUCAGUAGAUAAUGAAAUGAGAGAAGGGAGAUUGGAUGGUCGGGAGGGGAGAAAGGUUUGGGUCAUGUAUCCGGGUAUGGGUCAGAUAGGGGAUAGAUAUUACUUGUGA